UUUUUUCCUUAAAAAUAUUCUUUAUACCCUCUAAAUAAGGAAAAAAAUAUUUUUUAUCAAGAUAAAUAAGUAAAUAACUAAGCUUUUACUUUUAGGAGGAAUCUUCUGGCUCAGUCAGAGGGUUCAGGUUCUUGGCGGUAACAAAACUAACAAGAGCGUUGAGGGGUAUAAAAAAUGGCUACUCCAAAAUCGAGAAAUCAGAAAAAGUGAAAUCUUACGGAUUUGAUCUUCUUCGCGUGAUUUCGCACUCAAUCAACAGCGAUUGUUCUCCAAUCUACAUCGAUCCGUCCUCAAAUAAUUCAAUUUCACGUAAGAUUUUUUUACGAUCCCAAAUUUCCUUUCUUUUUUUUCUUUUUUGCAGAUUCGUUGUCCUUGACGAUGUUGUUGGAUUGCGAUGAGAUGCUUAGUGGUUGAUUGUAUAGAUAAACUGACAGCAUUCUCAUUUGCAAGAAAGCUCAAUCAUUUUGUGACCAUGGACCCGCAACAUACCGGUGAUUUGAUGAAGCAUUUGGAGAAGCAGAAUGAGUUACUCAAGGAAACUCAGAAGACCAUGUCACAUGAACUCCAAACACUCAUGGUGGAAGAAGAGAUGAUGAUGCAUAAACUAUGUGAGCUAAUGGUCACUCAUCGUAAAAACAAGAAGGAAAUGAAGAAAACUCAAGAAACAGUUGAAUCUUCUGUUGUUACAGUUGAGGCCCAACGCCCACCCAUCAUAUACCAAUACAGGAGGAAGAAGAGUAAGGCCCAGCAAAAAACAGUUCAGGUCUCCAAUGGAUCAGACAUCGAUAAAGGUUUCUAAAAAGUUCUAAAUAUUAUUAUUUCUUCCAAGUUAUGUUCUGUUUCUUACUUGUAAUCGUUGAUUGAAUCUCGAAUAUUUUUCUCUCUUUACAAUGAAUCUUAAAUCUUUGCUUUA